CUCGGUGUCGCGGUCGGUCCGCCGAACUCCUACUGCCAUCCAGCGGGAAGAUGCAGCAAGGCCUCCUUGGCACGCGGCGGUUGCCAGGCGACAAGAGGCAGUGCCCGGCGGGCCUAAGGAAAUGGGCCGGGCUUCAGGGCGUUGAGAGAGCGCUAACAAUCCUGCUUCUUAUUGGCUGAAAAUCUCUCCCGCAGUCGCCACGAGCCAAUGAGCAGAUGGACAACGUCGGAUGUCGUGCGACCCCUCCCACCCACUCUCUAGCAUCGUCGGGACCGCGGGAGUUAGACGUUGGACCCUCUGGCUUCUCAACCGCUCCAUGUACGCCUCGCAGCUUGUGCUGCUGCCGGUGUUCUUCCUGAUGCUGCCCGAAGGCGCCCGUCCUCAGCCCUCUUCCUUCCUAUCACGUGCAGCGCCCACCUCUUCCGUCCAGAAGCCAGUUGCGCAGGGAGGGACCCUGCAGCCCUCCGCAGUGGGGUCUCCAACUCCCCAGGGCGUUCCUGGGCUCUCCACGAUGGGCCCCACUGUCGUGACCUCCUCGGCGCCGGAGAACAGGACUGUGGACCUCUUUCCAGUCUUACCGUCCUGUGUCUGUGAUUUGACUGUUGGUGCGUGCGAUCUAAACUGCUGCUGCGACAGAGACUGCUACCUUCUCCAUCCGAGGACUGUGUUCUCCUUCUGCCUUCCAGGCAGCGUAAGAUCUUCAAGUUGGGUGUGUGUAGAGAACUCGCUUAUCUUCAGGAGUAAUUCCCCAUUUCCUUCGAGAGUUUUCAUGGAUUCAAAUGGCAUCAGACAGUUUUGUGUCCACGUGAACAACUCAAAUUUAAACUAUUUCCAGAAGCUCCAGAAGGUCAAUGCAACCAAUUUCCAAGCCCUGGCUGCAGAGUUUGGAGGUGAUUCAUUCAUUUCAACAUUGCAGUUGCAGCCGCCACCACCCUUUUACAAGGCUGGAGAUCCCAUUCUGACUUACUUUCCCAAGUGGUCUGUAACAAGCUUGCUGAGGCAGCCUGCAGGAGUGGGAGCUGGGGGAGUUUGUGCUAAGAGCAAUCCUGCAGGUUUCCUAGAGAGUAAAAGUACAACCUGCAUUCAUGUCUUCAAGAACCUGGCAAGUAGUUGUACCUUGGAUCCAGCCCUGGAUGCUGUCUCUUACUAUAACUUCACAGUCUUGAAGGUGCCACAAGGUGUGACUGAUCUGCAGAAUAUGAAGUUCCAGGUUCCUGUAACACUUAGCUCCCAGGCCAGUCCUCCUCUGUUGGCUGGAAACACUUGUCAGAAUGCUGUUUCUCAGGUCACCUAUGAAAUAGAAACCAAUGGAACCUUUGGAAUCCAGAAAGUUUCUGUCAGUUUUAGACAAAUCAAUCUGACUGUUGAACCAGUUGUUUCCUUACAACAAGACUUCAUCAUUCACUUUAGGGCUUUUCAGCAAAGCACAACUGCUUCUGUUCCUGUUCCUAGAAGUGGUAACCCUGGCUAUAUUGUCGGGAAGCCACUAUUGGUUCUAACUGGUGACGUCAGUCAUUCGAUGACCCUCUUGCAGAGCCAGGGAAAUGGAAUUUGCUCAGUUAAAAGACAUAAAGUACAGUUUGGAAUGAAUGCAAUAUCUGGAUGCAAGUUCAGGCUGAAGGAGUUGGACUGUAGCAAGCUGCAGAACGAGAUUUAUCAGAUUCUUCACGGAGGCCCCAGACCAGAGCAUGUUGCCAUCUUUGGUAAUGCUAACCCAGCUCAGAAAGGAGGGUGGACCAGUAUCCUCAACAGAAGCUGCAGUGUUUCAGCCAUGAACUGUUCUUCCUGCUGUUUCAUACCAAUUUCUCUGGAGAUCCAGGUGUUGUGGGCAUAUUUAGGCCUUCAGUCCAACCCACAGGCCCAUGUGUCAGGAGCCCGAUUCCUAUACCAAUGCAAGUCCAUACAGGUUUCCCAAAAAGGAACAGAAGUAUCUUUGACAACUCUUGUAAAAUUUGUGGAUAUUACACAGAAACCAGACCCUCCAAGAAGCCAACCCAGAAUGGACUGGAAAUUGCCAUUUGACUUCUUCUAUCCUUUCAAAGUGGCGUUCAACAAAGGGGUAGACUCUCAAAAAGGCUCAUCUUCUCUCAUCUUUAUCCUUUGCCUCUUACUGCUUGGAAUUCUCAACGUAGAGACUAAGUGAAGAAAGAGAAUAAUAAUAUUUCAGUUUUCCCUGUGGGAAGCUCUGAGGCAGCCUGCUUAUGUCAUGGCUAUAUAGAUCAGUCUAUACUUGCUCAUGACCAAAGGAGGGCAUUUAGGAACACAUAACCUAGUUGAAGGAAUAUUCGUACACGAAAGAAGUUAUUUAGAAAAGCAAUAAAGAGCUGUGGAUGGUAGCGCAUACCUGUAAUCCCAGCACUCAGGAGGCUGAAGUAGGGGGAUUGGGAGUUCAAGGCCAUCCAGGACUAUAUAGCAAGACCUUGAACUUAAUAAACCGGAAGGAAAGAAGGAGAGAAAGGCAAUCACAAUAUUUCAUCUAUAAUAGCUAUCUGCUUAGGGCUGUGUAGGCCACUAGGUACACAUUAGGUUCUCUUCUCAAGCUGGGGAGACAAAGCGCUUUCUUCUAGCCCUUGUGGUUGUAUUUUACCUGAGUGUAAAGGUUUAUAAGAAAAUCUACCUGCUUACAAGCAUAGUCAGGCCCUGCACGAAGAACACGCUUCAGCACUCACCCAGACUGAACUCAGGAAUUUCCUGACUGUUCUCUGGAGUUCAGAGGAGCUGACUGUUGAGGCCAGAAAACUGCUAGCUGUGUAUUUUGUCUAGCUUCUUUGCCAAGGUGGGGCCACACUGUCCAGCCAUGAGUUGGAAAAGUAAUCCUUUCCAUUCGGUUUGCAAAAUGAGUGUGGAAUGCCAGCUCUUCUUUCUGCUAGCAAAUAACCUUACCAUUCAUUUCUGCUCUUCUUCUCUUCAUUGUGAGGGGAGAGAAAACAUUGGUGGCUCUGUAAUACUAUAAUCCAGCAGCAUGGCAAAAAUUAACAGCCCUGUGAUGUGCCUUGCA